CGUUCGAGGUUAUUUAAUGUAAAAAAAAGACGGAUCAAGGAUCAUAACAAGGGCGAAUGUGGACUUAUGAUAAAUUUUAUAAUGGCACAACAAGAAAGAGAGAAUUUUUACCGGUUUUCAACAUUAAUGAUGGAUCACACGAAAAAGUCUUUCACGGAUCUUUUAGAAUUACAUCUCAUGAAGAAGAAUUUAUCUUUUGAGGAAUUUCUAAACCAGAACCAGCAUGAUAUAUACCAUCUCUGCUACAAUAGAUACCGGUGUCGUUGUCAAUGUUCAUCUAAUUAUAUUCUACCAUAUUAUCGUGUUCUAAAUGCCUCACAGCUAGAUGUAUUGUUCGACAAACACGGACCGAAAAUGCCACGCCAUAACCAUGCACGAAACGCAGAAUUUUGCUGUAGCAAAGCAAAGACAGGAAAUUGGAAUUACUGCACGGGUCUUGGAUAUGACUUUAGCAAAAUGUCUUCUAAUACGUUUUUGUACUGAUGUUUUCUGGGACUGCUGUUUAACCCAACCGAGUCUGUCGUUCGAAGAAUUUCUCAAUACAAAUAAGCAUGAUAUUUAUCAUUUAGUUUUCGGUUAUAACAAUUUCUGCUGUCAAUGUCACUGUGGAUACACCUUUCCGGUAGAACAACUGACGCAAAGUAAUUUUACACAUUUAUUCGGUAAAACAGCACAGCUGUGCUCUAGCUGCGUUAGUUCAUCAACAAGGUCAACUAUUUGUGCAGUAGAAGCGACGAAUGGAAUAAGUGUUAGAAAUAUUGAUGACCUUGUCGCCGAUAUUUUGCUUCCGAAUAUAUGUCCUUUAAAAAAAGCAGUCAGUAUCCUAGUAAAAAUUAGAAACAAAAUGUAUGGCCAUGUUGCUGAAGCAAAAAUGACAAAUCAAGAUUACAAAAUAUAUAUGUUGGAAACCGAGAAAUCUCUUAUACAGAUAGCCGCUAUGUGCCAGAAAGAAACAGAAGCAAGACAGACAAUAGAAGAUCUCAGACAAAGGCCUUUAGAUGAAACGUUAUUAAUCAAGUACCAAACAGUUCUCUUGAGAGACAUCCAAGCAGAAAAGGAAAUCUCUGAAACUCAAAGAGAAAUCAAAGAGUACUUAGAAACUAAUUUAGGAAGUGUCCAGGAAAGACUUGCCUCAAUCGAACUUUUACAAACAACGAAAAUGCAAGAUGUUUUAUCAGCAAUGGACGAAAUUGGCAAGCAGAAAACUAAAGAUACAGGGCGAAGGACAGAAAAGUAUGACGAAAUCUCGCGUCUAACAGAUGCAGCAGUCAAGGUUCAUUUAGAAGAAGGUACAUUUGUACAAACUAGCGCAAUGCCAGCUAUUCUAAAAAGCUUAUAGGAAAAUGGUCACGUAGUAAUCAUGGGACCAUCUGGUUCUGGAUAAUCUAGAAUUGCAUUGGAAACACUUCAUCAAUAUUCUAAAGAUUACAGCUCCUAUACCAUGGUAAAUUUACCAAAUAUUUCAGAAUGGCAAGAAAUAAUCGAUAUGAAUGAUAACUGUAUUGUACUUUGCGAUGACGUUUUUGGUAAGACGAAUAGUAUGUUUAACGAAGAUAUACAUAUAAAAAAUGUCGAUGCGAUAUACACAUGUGUCAAGAGUGAUCAUGUUAAAGUUAUAUUGACAAUGCCAGACAAUAUUAAACAUAAGUGUACUACUUUAAUUUCAAAACAUCGGCUUUUUUGUAGUGAUAAUUAAUAGAUUUGAAAUGUAAGGAUUUUCGAAUGAAUAAGGUCGAAAAACGGAAAUGUUUGUUGAAUUAUUUACAUAAACAUGGAGUUCAGGAAAUCUCUGAUCAAGAAGAAGAAAACUACAAUACUGCGUCAUGUUGUCUAAAAGAUACGAUAUUUUUUUAUUCAAAUACUAUAGAUUGUAUUAUUGAAAACGAAUCCAACUCGAUCAUUGACUUUCCUCAGGCUUGUUACAUGUUCACAUCUAACAGAAAAUUUCUAAAACAAGGUAUAUCAUUUUUCAAACAUGCAAACGAAAUUCUCUGGGAACAUAUUACUGACAUGAAAGAGAAGGGGAAUACCGAUGCAAGCUAUUUAGUGGAUUUCACAAUUUUAUCAUUUAUUCUGCUCAACGGGGAUAAAAUAAAUGUCGAACACCUUAAUUUACAACAAAUUAAUAACGUUUCGUCAAGUAUUUUCGGGCAUCACGAUAGCUCUUUUACAAAACAUGACGUCGUUGAAAGCGUUAUUCGUCUGCAGAAUGGGAACUAAUUAAAAAAAGAAAGUAAUUUUUAUUGCUUCCAACAUCGAACUAUUUUUGAGGCAGUCUUUUUAUCGUGUCACAGUAUCAAUACAGCCAAUCUGGUCCAAAUGAUGGAUUUCGAUUUUAUCGUUGAAAUGACAAGACCUGAAGAUUAUAAUGAAUUGGUUGGCGAAAUGAUUUACAAAGUAUCAGAGCAGAAUUAUACAUUGUUAGCACAACGAUUGAUUUUUUUCCUAGGUUAUAAAUAUAUAAAUGAUCCGUAUUUAUUUGCUAAAACAGCAAGCGAGUCACCAAUUAUCCAACUAACAUAUUUGAAAAUAAUAGAUAAUUUAUGUAAAAUAUAUAGACAAAAUGAACAAUAUAAAUGUUUUAGUAGAAGCAAGUAUACAUAUUUAAUUCCUCUUCCAACUUUUAGUGACAUUCUUUGUUGGGGUUGGCUUUAACCGAUUCUUUUCAUCUAUCAACUGCAUUAUUACUUUAUUGCAAAAAUGACGAAAACAUUUUAAAUUACUUUCUGAGUGAUAUCUGUAAAACAUUGUCAUCUAACGAUGAAUCUGUAAUAUUAUGCAAAGAGAGUGUUAAAAUAUGUUUUCUUUGCUUCUGUAGAAUUUUGAAUGAGAAGAAAGCAUGUCUUGCAUGGAAUGUGAUUAAAUCGCACAAUAUCAGACUUGAAGACUUAGAUAGUACGGUUGAAUUUGUUCAAAACGGCUUUGUUGAAGUUUUUCGAAAUAUUUCUUCACUUGAGCUUUUAUGUCGUAUUAUAAAUGAUUCUAGAACCCCAUUGUUGAAUGUUGAUGGAUUUCUUGUUUUUUUAUUUGAGAAAGAUUUCAAAAUUGAAAACUUAAACCUAUUAUUAAAAGUAUUUAAUCAUAAGAUAUUUAAUAAAUUAUUGUGGAUGAAUGCAGCAUGCGAAAUUGGUGAUAUGGAACUAGUCAAAUGUUUCUGCGAAUAUUUUACAUUCCGUAGUUUUGAUAUCAUGGAUAUGGUGUAUACAAUUAAGAAGGCGUGUACAAAUUGUAACACCGAACUUGUUCAUCUGUUUGUAACUCAUAUAGCUGCAAAUGAUGAACUAAUAGACCAUGUAUGGGAAGUAAUCUCUAUCCAUAGCAGUGCAGACUUUAUAAAGGCGUAUUUUCAAGUGUAUGGCUUUGGGCAUUUCAAUAUGGCAGUUGUAAUGAGAUGGGCAUGUAAAAAUUGCAAUAUAGACUUUAUAAACUGUGUUUUAGAGACCGUUGACCAUUGUCUUCUUGACAUGGAUAUUCUAAUGAAGUUGGCAUGUGAUAAUGGAUAUGUUGAUCUUGUGUUAUUUUUAUUAGAAUCAGUUAAUCCAAAAUUAAUGGAUCUAAAUCAUGUUGUAAGAUUUGCCUGUGAAAGAAACAAUAACGACUUACUCAUAUUUUUAUUAACAAUAUGUGACCAAAUUUUAAUCCAUAUCGAAUUCAUAUUUGCAUGGGCAUGCAGUAAAGCUGAUGUCGAAUUUCUCAAAGUUCUAUUUUAUACAAUUGACAAUGAUUUAUACAAAGAAUCGUCUGGUAUAAACUCUGUAUUGGAGUGGGCCUGUCAAAAUGGUGAUCUCUUGUUUACUAAAUUUCUGUUUGAAAAGGUGAAUAAAAAAUAUCUUGACGUAUCGGCAGCACUCAAAAUAGCAGUAGACUGCAAAAAUAAGGACUUAGUUAUAAUUCUACUUGAAAUAUGCAAUAAAAGAAAUGUAGAUAUAAAUUCGGUGAUGGCAUGGAUAAGUAGUAAUGAAGAUAUUGACUACGUUGAAAUUUUAUUUAAUACAACAUCUGUUUCAUCAUUAUCUAAAGAAAAUGUGAACAAAUUAACUAGACUAGCACUGGAAAAUAACCGUGAAGAAUUAAUCAUAUUAAUUAUCGACCAUUCUGAGGUGUCAAAUGAUCAUAUUAACUCUAUAAAUCAGCGGUCGUGCAAAAAUGGUAAUUUAACAUUCACUAAGUUAUUACUUAAAAAAUUCAAUACUGCAUCUAUUGACAUAACUUCAGCCAUGAGAGAAACAUGCUAUAGCCGAACAUGUAAUUUAGACAUAAUGAAGCUAUUGGUUAAAUUAUGUGAAAUUCCUCCUUUAGAUUUCAAAAUGCCGAUGACGAAGGCGUGUUCAUUAGGGCAUUUUGCUUUGGUAAGGUUUUUAUUAGAUACAUUUGAUUGCAAAAUCUUUGAUAUAAAAUCAGUUUUCAACUGGACAUGCAGUAAAGGAAAUUAUCGGAAUGUAGUUCAUUUAAUUAAAACCUUUGAUCAUAAAUUAUUUGAUUUUGAGUCUGCACUAAACAAUGCUUGUAUUACAGGAAAUGGAAAUGUAGUGGUUUUUCUUGUAGAAGCGAA